AUGAGCAGUGGUGAUCUUAAAUUAUACUAUUUCAAUUUGGCAGCUCGUGGUGAAUUAACCCGACUCAUCUUAGCAGCUGCUGGUCGAUCGUACGAUGAUAUUCGUUACAGUUUUGAACAAUGGCCAGAAUACAAACCAAAAAUGAUCUUAGGUCAAUGCCCAGUUCUCGAACUUGCCGAUGGCACCCAAAUUCCUCAAUCAUUGUCCAUUGCUCGUUACGUUGCCCGCGAAGCAAACAUGGCCGGCGCCGACAAUCUUGAAUCAGCAAAAGUCGACGCUGUUGUUGAAACACAACGCGACAUCAACGAAAUUUUCUACUCGAAAGUCUUCUUCGAAAAAGAUGAAACUAAAAAAGCCGAACAAUUGAAAACCUUUCUCGAAGAGACACUUGUCAAACAUGUCGAAAACUUAGGUAAAUUGAAGAAAGCUUACAGCAAAGACGAACGAUAUUUCGUCGGCAAUCAAUUAUCAUGGGCCGACUUAUUUGUCUAUCAAUCAAUUCAAUCUUUAGUUCAAGCUCUCCCAGAAGUCAAAGGAAAAUUUGGUGAUCAAUUCAAACCAUUGAUCGAUGCAGUUCAUGCAAACGAAAAUUUGAAAAAAUAUUUAGAUUCACGACCAAAAACUGACUUUUAA